UGUCGUAAUGCGCAAAUCUAUCACGACCCGUGCUGACAGCGUACGAGUUGUGCAACUAGGCAGUGCUGGCAAUCCCAGUACAGCCGUCUGGCCCUUCCCACUUCAGCUACUUCUGAAGCCCGCUCAACGAAAUAACAUCAUUAUUAAAUCAGCCAUCGCAACCUAUAUCGGCUUUACCUAUCUCUCGAGACCUCACAAUCCGAUGCUUCCAAUCGUCAUGCUUUUAGACCGAAACCGAUUCGUGCAUUGUGAUGGAACUCGUCGACCGCCCUGCUUACUAGGCACGGGUAGGCACACAUGGCUCGGACAAGGUCAAUUCUUUGUACGCCGCAUGACCCAGAGUGGAAUCCACCCGGGCUCUAGAGCCUCAAAACUGUCUUAACUAAACCAACUUUGCCUUUGACAACCGCUCGAUUUCAAUCUUCGUUGUAGAUUCGUUACUUAACCGUUUAAGAAUAUAGUCACCCG